GUUACGAAGAUUGUAUGUCUUUAUGCAGGGAUCUCGUGUAAUUUCCAAGGGUUAACUUACUAGGAAAAAAGUCUUAGUUAACAGUUUUUGGCAAAAACACCUCACCUGACAUUUCAGAACGGCAUUCAAACUUGUUUGGAAUCUUUCGGCAUCAAGAUUGAAAGGAAGGCUUUUCGGCAACAAGAGAAAUUUCAGAAUGGAGAAUCACGACAAUGGCACUGGAAAUACAAACACAUCUCCUGCGGCGUUAGAAAAAAUGAACAUGACCGAGCUGGCUUGCAUAACUGUGCUGUACUGCUUACUCGUGGUUACUAUCAUUACCGGAAAUGGACUCCUCCUUACUUCCUUUGUGAUGAACCGGAAGUUAAGAACCGUGACAAAUACUUUUAUCGUCAGUUUGUCGUUAAGUGAUAUCCUAGUGGGUCUUGUGUCUAUUCCCUGUUGGAUCUACAUCUUUCUGAGUCAGUACAUUCAGCGCCCCUAUACCAUUGUUGGAUACCAUUUCUACAUCACGUCCGACAUAUUUAUCGGAAGCGCUUCCAUUUUGCAACUAACGUCCAUCAGUAUCGAACGUUGUCACGCAAUCGUCAGGCCAUUACGUCACAGAACUCUCUCUAUGAAAGUGUUCUACGCCAUGAUCGCAAUUCCGUGGUUGUACGCCGCCAUCAUGGCGAGCUUACAACCGGUGCAGUUUGGGCGCUGGAAAGAAGUGUACACACUCCUCAUGACAACCACAUGCUUUUUCGUGCCAUUUGUAAUAAUUCUCGUCGCAUACAUCACCAUCUAUGUGUUUGCGCGAUCAAGGCCCGUUCGUAUUUUAUCGCGUCACCGCCUGCACAAGAAAGCCUACAACAACGAGAUACGGUUAUCUGCCACGGUUGCCAUGAUAACUCUUCUGUUUAUCAUCGCAUGGAUGCCACUGUUCGUUGUCAGUGUCUUAGCGACCUACCACCCCCACAAACUACCCUCCCCACUGGGGACAGACCGACUCCUAAAAUUUGUCAAGUUCUGUCACUAUAGUAAUAGUGCCCUUAACCCGUUCGUGUACGCCUACAGGAAUCGUGAGAUGAUAAACACAUUUCGUUACCUUGGUCACAAGUUGCUGUGCAAGGAGCAGAACUUCAAUAUGCCUUUCCUGGCCACAGGGACGUCAUUUGUUCGAUCUUACAACAGAAUCACGUGGCAUCGGGAAUCAUCCAGGAAGGGAAAAGUUCCGGAGAAGAAACACGACGAACAAAGUGUAAUAAUGAUCUCAACAGUGUGAAUAAUCAGUAGAGGAUCUAGGGGAGGGGCCCAGGGGGCCCACCCUCCUUUUUCAUUUUGGGUAAAAAAAAAAUCGCAGUAGGAAGAGAAAGCGGCAGGUGUGCACACACAACAUAACUGCUCCCUACCUCCCUUAGCUCCAAAUCUGGAUCCGCCACUGAUAAUAUUGACUGCAUCUGUAUGAGAGGACAGCGCUUACAAUUGACUCAGAUGAACUCAAACAAUCGAACUUCAAAGUAAGAUAGUUAGUUUUUAUUACACUAAGACGUAAUUCUAAUAAUAAUUGAGAUAACCCAGGAGCUGUAGACAGGCUGCGACUUGCCAUCUGAAAAACGAGUUUGGAUGGAGGUCAACAUUUCUGAAUUGACUGAUGUCAGUAUGAAAGAAGAUAAAUUGAUUCAACGAUAGAUCGAUUGGUUGAUCAUUUGAUUGAUUGAUUGACGCGAAACAAAUCGCGAGCCGAAUUUGCCAUGUAUUUUCUACCAAGGACACCGGUCUUUGAAUCAAAUGACUUGCAUUGUAGAUCGCAAAGCAUUCUAAAUAUAGCUUGUAAAAAAAGAACUUAUAACCAAGGAUCAUCAAGUAGUAAAAACCUUAAACUUCAUUGAACAACCGCCAAACGUAAGACUGAUUUAUUUUUUUAAGACUCUCGUUUUGGGCAGGUAGCUUUAUAUUCUAGAUAGUCGUGCGUAACCGGAUUUAUUACCCUGAUUUGGAUUUACUCAUCUUCGCCUGGGUAUUUGCGUAAAAAUUCUCUUUCUCUUUUUUUGGAUAAAGCACACCCUCUUAAGUGUUGAGACAUGAGAAAUAUUUGGUCAAAUAGUGAGUCAUAUUUUUUUUUUUUUUAUCAACUUUAAUUUUUUGGUCAACAGAAACCUUACUUUUCACCUGCACGUCGCGUUAAUCGAGUAUUAUGAAAUGACAAUCUAGCGGUGUCCUGAUUGGUUGAGUCGUUUGAUUGACGGAAAACCAAUUAGUGGAAGUCUGAAAUUGGGCCGCCAAUCUAAACGAAAACUUUCUUUCUUUAGUUAUUUUCUUAAUUUUCUUAAUUUCCGAUCACAUUCUAUUAACAAAAUGGUUUUCAAAGCUGUUAAAAAUACUGUUUUGGCGAUAUUCUUUUUAAAUGGUGCUGUAAAAACCACGUGUUCCUCUCAAAUACCCAAAUUAUAUCCAUCACGGAAAAAUAAACUACAUUGAGACAUUUCACAUUUUAUUAAAUAAUGGUUUUCAAAGCCAUAAAAAAUAUUGUUUUGGCGAUUUUCUUUCUAAAUGGUAUUAUAAAAACCACGUGUUCCGCUCAAAUAUACCCUAAUUAUAUCAAUCAUGGAAAAUAAACUGCAUCGAGACAUUUCA